GGAAAUGAAGUCAAAGCCGGCCGGUUAAAAACCCAAACAUUAAAACUAGGACACCUGUGCAACCGAGCUAAAAGCACACACCGGCAGGUUUCUUUGCAGCCAGAGCCGGCGGCUGGGAGCAGGCGCGAGACGCUGGCUUCCCUGGCGCCCACACCUACAGAUGACUCUGGCCCGAGCAUCACCUGUGCGGCCGCUCUAGCUCUGUUCCGGGUCCGCGCGCCUCAGUGGUGGCGUCGGAGGAACUGAAGGCCGGUGUGUUGACCCGUUUCCGGGCCCGUCUGGUGCGGUCUGAGCCGGCUGUGGGUCUGGGGCCUAGGCCUGGGUGUCCGAGCCUGCCGCGGGUGAAGAGGGCGCAGAGCCGCCAGCCUCCUCCCGCCGCCCGCAGGAAGAAUAUUUGGAGCUCGCAGUGCUGUGUAUGUCUUGCAUUUCAAUCUGUUUGACUUGAGGAGGAGCUGCAGUACUGCCUUGCUGCAGAAGGGAUGGGAUCAGAGAACAGUGCUUUAAAGAGCUAUACACUGAGAGAACCGCCGUUCACCUUGCCCUCUGGACUUGCUGUUUACCCCGCCAUACUGCAAGAUGGGAAAUGUGCCUCGGUGUUUGUGUAUAAGAGAGAAAAUGAAGACAAGGUUAACAAAGCCGCCAAGCACUUAAAGACACUUCGUCACCCUUGCUUGCUAAGAUUUUUAUCUUGUACUGUGGAAGCAGAUGGCAUUCAUCUCGUCACUGAGAGAGUGCAGCCCCUGGAAGUGGCGCUGGAAACCCUGUCUCCUGCAGAAGUCUGUGCUGGAAUCUAUGACGUAUUGCUGGCUCUUAUCUUCCUUCAUGACAGAGGACACCUGACACACAACAAUGUCUGCUUAUCUUCUGUUUUUGUGAGUGAAGAUGGCCACUGGAAGCUUGGAGGCAUGGAAACAGUGUGCAAAGUUCCUCAGGCCACACCAGAGUUUCUCAGAAGCAUCCAGUCAGUAAGAGACCCAGCGUCUAUUCCUCCUGAGGAGAAGUCUCCAGAAUUUGCAGCCCUUCCAGAGCCCCAUGGACAUGCCCGAGAUGCCUAUUCCUUCGGAACUUUGGUGGACAGCUUGCUCCCCAUCUUGAAAGAGCAGGUUUCAGCGGAUGUUCUCUCCAGCUUCCUACAGACCUUGCACUCAGCUCUGCUGAAUCCCACGCCUAUGUGUCGGCCAGUGCUCAGCACCUUACUGUCCCAUGACUUCUUCAGAAAUGAUUUUCUAGAAGUUGUGAAUUUCUUGAGAAGCUUGACAUUAAAGAGUGAAGAUGAAAAAACUGAAUUUUUCAAAUUUCUGCUGGACAGAGUGAGCUGCUUGUCAGAAGAGUUAAUAGCUUCAAGACUGGUGCCUCUUCUGCUUAACCAAUUGGUGUUUGCUGAGCCAGUGGCUGUUAAAAGUUUUCUUCCCUAUCUCCUUGGCCCUAAAAAAGAGAAUGCACCAGGGGAGACUCCUUGCUUGCUCUCGCCAGCACUGUUCCAGUCACGAGUGAUUCCUGUGCUUCUCCGGUUGUUUGAGGUCCAUGAGGAACAUGUGCGGAUGGUGUUACUGUCCCACAUCGAUGCCUACGUGGAGCACUUUACUCAGGAACAGCUGAAGAAAGUCAUCUUGCCACAGGUAUUACUGGGCCUUCGUGAUACCAGCAAUUCCAUUGUGGCAAUUACUCUUCGUAGCCUGGCAGUGCUGGUAUCUCUGCUUGGACCAGAAGUGGUUGUGGGAGGAGAAAGAACCAAGAUCUUUAAGCGCACUGCUCCAAGUUUUACCAAAACUAGUGAUCUUUCCCCUGAAGGUUCUCCCAUGCAUAUUGUGUGCGGCCAGCAGAGUCAGAGCUCACAAGUCUUGGACAACCCCUCUUCUAAUGCAUUCCCUAAAUGGCUGUUUUCUGGCAACGUGCCCAUUAACAGCAAGAAGCACACACAAGGAGAGUUUCACAAUACUCUCUUACAGACAGGUGAUCAGUUUUCUCACUCUAUUAAAUUCCCUGUGAAUGGAAUCUCAGAUGUGAAAAACACCUCAGAAGACAAUGGAAACUUUGCAGCAGGUUCUAGCAAGCCUGAAGAGUGGCCUGACUGGAGUGAGCCUGAGGAGCCUGAGCACCAAACUGCCAAUAUUCAGAUAGGGCCCCAAACACCCUGUGAUGGAGCUGAGUCCCAGCACACUAAUCUGAAUGUAGAGGAAGAGUCUUGGGAUGACUGUGAGUCUAGUGUUGGUACCGAAGUAAACUCAGUGGCUGGAGCCUCUGCUGCCAUGCCUGUUACCUCAGGGGAGGAGAUGCACACUGCAGCUUUGCUUCCUCUCACUCAGGAGUCUAAGCCUUUGAAAUCCAGUCCUUCCUCAAAGACCAAUCAUAUGCAACACGGAGAAGUCAAACCACCAGAAGUGUCCCAGGAAAGACCCCUUAAGGUUCGGUCAGAACUUGGUUUAGGAGAAGAGUUUACCAUACAAGUAAAAAAGAAGCCAGUACAAGAUCCUGAAUUGGACUGGUUUGCAGAUAUGAUCCCAGAAAUUAAGCCUUCAGGUACUUUCCUUAUUUUGCCUGAAGUCAGGACAGAAGUGAUGGUUCCUGACAAAGAUAACAUCUCACCAGUGAUGCAGUUUUCCUCAAAAUUUGCUGCACCAGAAAUGACUGAGGGAGAAGCAGAGGGCUGGGAAGAAGAAGAGCUGACCUGGGAAGAUAACAGCUGGUGAUGAUAAGGAAGAGCUUAAGCUUCAGGGAUAAUUCCAAAGGAAGUAAUACCUCAAAGCAAGCCGCGUGGAUGUAAAACCCCAAAGCAGCCUGCAUUCCCCAUGCCAGAAGCUCUUUUUGCAGUCUGUGCCAACUCAAGCAUGAGACCAACCUCAAGUUGCUUGACUAAGCCCUGGAUGGCAGAAGGCUCUUGGUGCCGGAUUCUAGGAGGAAGAGCCUGUGUGCACUUGACCAAGGCCAGUUCCCAUGCAAAGUAAGUAGCUAAAGAAGUGCUUUUUCCAGGACAAUUCUGGAAGUAAAGAAAAUAAAAAUUCAAGCUGGUAAGCUUAAAUUUGUGCCAUUUCUUUAAAAGUAGAAGAGUAUAAGUUCUAUUAUGAAAUAAUGACUUACUGAAAAAAAAUAUAGCUGUAAAUGAUAACUUCAAACUGCUAAGGCUCCUUGAGCAGCUUAUUUAUUUGUUUACAGUUUAUCAUCUGAGUAAAAGAAAGGUCCCUCCUUUGGACCUGCGCAGUUACUGUUUCGCCUGUAUUACACUGUACCAAAGUUUUGAAUGAGAAAUGCCCCAUCUUAUUAUUCUAUGUGAAAUAGUUUUUCACAUUUAUAAAAGCUUUUAUAUGUGCAAUGAAAACAUACAAACAUAAUUUACAUUCAUAAUUUCAUUUACAAAAUGUCUAGGCAAGGCACUUGAUGAAGAAUCAAUUCAACCCAUUCAUGUGUUACCCUCAGGUAUACAGCAUUUUAGAUUCUCAACCUUUUCUUGCAGCGCCUCCAGUUUCUUUAGCAGCCAGGCUGGCGCGGGGGACUGUUGGAGUAACAACUCAGUUGUCUCCAAAGCCUCUGCUGCUGCUUGAAAUGCUGCCUUAAACUCUUCCUCCAAGGGGAACUCAUGCCGGGCUCUUUUAGUACAAGGCUGGAAAUGAGGAAAGCAUGAAACAAGUAAUGUCAGACACUCAUUCUAAAAAUAAUUUAAGAGAAACUGCAGUCAAGGGAUCACAAACAGCACCCUCCCCAUCUAUAAUGAUAUCUAAUCCUAAUUGGAUAUGGCAGCCAAGGAGAAGAACCCUCUUAUGCUAGGAUCCCCAGUGACAAAUGCUGUGUUUUCCAAUGCCUCUUCUUUUUUUUUUUUUUUUUUUUUUUUUUUUGUUUUUACGAGACAGGGUUUCUCUGUAUUGUUUUGGAGGCUAUCGGUCCAGCCCAGCCUCGAACUCACAAAGAUCCACUUGCCUCUGCCUCCCGAGUGCUGGGAUUAAAGGCGUGCGCCACUAUCGCCCGGCCCAAUGCCUAUUCUUUAAGAACACCAUUAAGAGAAACAAAAUAUGAUUUUCAUAAUACUAUGUUUGUAAAUGAGAACUAUGGUUUCCAACAUGCUUUUGGGACUAGCUGAGGAAAACUAAGGCUCAAAAUAUCUUGCACAAGGAGAGGGAAGAAGAAAUGAGACCCAGACAUAUCUAGUAAUCGAUUUUCCAAAGGGGUAUCUCAAUUUAAAUUCAUAGGGCUUACGAACAUAACUGAUUUAUAUCGAACUUUAUAUAUUUCAGGCUUACAGAUACAUCUUUAAAAAAAUUACUAUUGCACUUAUAUAAACUUAGAACAUUGUUCUGUUACAAUCUGAAAUUCUAAAUUUAAAUGAUAUCUAUGUUAAAAACACAACUUUGAAUGUAUGUAGUAGUGUCAAAUUUCUGCCCAUUAAAAGGUACAUGUGAUACUUAGAGGAAAGUGAUUAUGAGGCUGGCUUGAGGAGACAAGAGAUGAACUAAACAUGCUGACAUCUGCCAGAAAAUGCAUUUAUGUCAUCAUUGGUACAAUAUGUAACUUCUAGGAAUAAAGAGUAUAUUUGGUAUAAUGUUUACAA